CUGUUUUGAGAAAGGGGGGACACGCGACCUGCUUGAAAAUAAGAGACAGCACAUCGCUGAAACAAGAGAAUACACAGACUUGGGGGCGGCUACUUUCGUGGAUCUGUUCACGUCUUGUCACCAUCAACAAUGUCUAAACUCUUCAUCGGAGGCCUUGCAUGGCACACGGAGGAGGGCACCCUCCGUCAGAAGUUCGAGGAAUUCGGUGCUGUGGAAGAAGCCGUGGUUGUUAAGGACAGAGACACGGGCCGCAGCCGCGGGUUUGGCUUUGUGCGAUACACCAACGAGGAUGAUGCGCAGAGAGCCAUCAGUGCGAUGAACAACGUCGAAUUCGACGGGCGAACCAUUCGCGUCGACAAGGCCUCAGAUACAGGCCCUAGAAGCGGUUACGGCGGCCGAGGAAGCCCAGCCUAUGGAAGAGGCGGAGGCUACGGCGCGUCGCCACAGAUUCCGCAGAUGUCCUAUGGGGUCCAUCCUCAGCAGUACCAGAUGCCGGCCCAGCCUAUGUACGCUCAAGCAUACGGCCGCGGUGGAUAUCCGCCGCAGGUACCUGGCUACGGCGCCCCGCCUGCCCAAGGAUGGCAAGGCGGAGCCCCGAACCCAUAUGUCUAUGGAGACCCGUCGCAGAUGCCCCUCCAGCCUGGACAGCAACCCCAUCACCAGCAGGUUUCACCGCAGAACCCGCCUCCAGGUGGCCCCAGCUACUGAUGACUCGCAAGAUUCUGGCCAGGAGCGCGACCAGGAGUGUU